AUGAGACCGCAUGAGGAGCCGAGUUGGAAAAGUAGAGUGUUGAAAACCGCUAACAACGAUAUGGACAUGAACAGAGAUGUACCGCUGGCACCGAAUUUGGACAUGAAUAUGAACAUGAAUAUGAAUAUGAACAGGGACAGGAACGAGUCUGGCCUCCUUUCUAAUAGAUUUGGUGGGAUGGUGGCAGGAAAUACCGAGGACGUUAAUUACCGGCCCAUUUUGGACAAUAUUUUCCACGAAUUGACUAGUGAUUAUGAGGACGAGCGGAGAUUGGCUAGUAGUUCGUUAUUCGAUCUACUGGUGUCUUUAGAGCACGAGCUGUCGAUAGAAGAGUUUCAGGGGGUCUCACACGAGAUAAACAAUAAGAUCCUUGAGCUGGUUCACACAAAAAAAACGAACACCAGAGUGGGGGCUGUUCUCUCCAUAGACACCUUGAUAUCAUUCUAUACAUUCACUGAGGAACUGCCCAACGAGACUUCGCGGUUGGCUGGUUACCUUCGAGGUCUAAUACCUUCCAAUGACGUGGGUGUAAUGAGGCUGGCUGCAAAAACUUUGGGUAAACUGGCCGUUCCGGGAGGCACAUACACCUCUGAUUUCGUGGAAUUCGAGAUAAAGUCUUGUUUAGAGUGGCUCACUGCCUCCACAGAAAAAAAUUCAUUUUCCAGUUCUAAGCCAGACCACGCCAAGCAUGCUUCACUCUUGAUAAUAACAGCAUUGGCAGAGAACUGCCCGUACUUGCUCUACCAGUACUUAAACUCAAUACUAGACAAUAUCUGGAGAGCUUUGAGAGACCCGCAUUUAGUAAUCAGAAUUGAUGCUUCCACCACAUUGGCUAAAUGUCUCUCCAUCCUACGAAAUAGAGACCCUCAAUUGACUAGCCAGUGGGUGCAAAGGCUAGCUACGAGCUGCGAAUACGGCUUUCAGGUGAAUACGUUGGAAUGCAUUCAUGCAAGCUUAUUGGUUUACAAGGAAAUCUUGAUCUUGAAGGACCCCUUUUUAAAUCAAGUGUUUGAUCAAAUGUGCCUAAAUUGCAUAGCCUACGAGAACCACAAGGCCAAUAUGAUCAGAGAAAAAAUUUACCAAGUUGUACCCUUAUUAGCAUCAUUCAACCCUCAAUUAUUUGCAGGCAAAUAUUUGCAUCAAAUCAUGGACAAUUACUUGGAGAUUCUAACGAAAGCCUCGACAAAGAAAACACCACAUUUUAAAGAUGACAAGCCACAGAUAUUGAUCUCGAUCGGUGAUAUGGCAUAUGAAGUUGGGCCCGAUAUUGCCCCAUAUGUGAAACAAAUCCUAGAUUACAUUGAACAUGAUUUACAAACAAAAUUCAAAGUUAGAAGAAAAUUCGAGGGUGAAAUUUUUUAUUGUAUUGGAAAGUUAGCAAUGCCAUUAGGUCCCGUCCUGGCCAAACUGCUGAACAGAAAUAUCCUAAAGUUCAUGUUCAGGUGCCCUCUUUCUGAUUAUAUGCAAGAAACUUUCCAAAUCUUGACUGAAAGAAUUCCAUCUUUAGGUCCAAAGAUAAAUGACGAACUGCUUAAUCUAGUUUGUUCCACUUUGUCUGGUACACAGUUUAUUCAACCAGGAUCUCCAAUGGAGAUACCACCAUUUUCGAAAGAAAGAGCCAGAGAGUGGAGAAAUAAAAGCAUCUUUCAAAAAACGGGGGAAAGCAACGAUGAUAACAGUGAUGUAAGAAUUAUUAUUCAAGCCUUCCGAAUGCUAAGAAAUAUUGAAAAUAAAUUUUCGUUGGUGGAAUUUGUGAGAGUUGUUGCCCUAUCUUACAUCGAACAUACAGACCCGAAAGUAAGGAAAUUAGCCGCACUAACAUCUUGUGAGAUUUACGUCAAGGACAAUAUAUGUAAACAAACAUCUUUACACUCUCUGAAUGCUGUAUCAGAAGUUUUGUCCAAGCUCUUAGCCAUUACAAUUGCUGACCCUAGACAAGAUAUUAGAUUGGAUGUUCUAAAAAAUUUGAACUCAUGCUUUGAUUCACAGUUGGCCCAACCAGAUAAUUUAAGACUCUUGUUCACCGCACUACACGAUGAAUCGUUCAGUAUACAAUCGGUAGCAAUGGAACUCGUUGGAAGGUUAUCCUCAGUAAACCCGGCAUAUGUCAUUCCAUCAAUUAGAAAAAUAUUACUAGAACUCUUGACGAAACUAAAGUUCUCAACUUCCUCCAGAGAAAAGGAGGAAACUGCAAGUUUAUUAUGUACCCUUAUCAGGUCAAGUAAAGAUAUUACCAAACCAUAUAUUGAACCUCUUUUAAACGUUCUUUUACCGAAAUUCCAGGAUUCUUCCUCAACGGUUGCGUCAACAGCAUUAAGAACCAUAGGUGAGCUAUCCGUUGUAGGAGGAGAAGAUAUGAAAGUUUAUCUUAAAGACUUGUUUCCAUUGAUCAUCAAAACAUUUCAAGAUCAAUCAAACUCUUUCAAAAGAGAAGCAGCUCUCAAAGCUUUGGGUCAACUUGCAGCCUCCUCUGGCUAUGUCAUUGAUCCCUUACUUGAUUACCCCGAAUUACUGGGUAUAUUGGUUAACAUUUUAAAGACAGAGAACUCCCAAAAUAUUAGAAGACAAACAGUGUCUUUGAUAGGUAUAUUGGGCGCUAUUGAUCCAUAUCGUCAAAAGGAACGUGAAAUUACCUCCACAACGAACAUAUCGGCAGAACAAAACGCCCCACCCAUCGACAUUGCUCUUCUUAUGCAAGGUAUGUCUCCAUCUAAUGACGAAUAUUAUACCACUGUUGUUGUUCACUGUUUAUUGAAAAUUUUGAAAGAUCCAUCACUAUCAUCGUACCAUACAUCCGUAAUACAGGCAAUUAUGCACAUUUUCCAAACACUAGGCUUAAAGUGUGUUUCGUUUUUGGACCAAAUCAUUCCAAGCAUCUUAGAUGUAAUGCGUACAUGCUCUCCAUCUUUAUUAGAGUUUUACUUUCAACAACUUUGUUCUUUGGUCAGUAUCGUAAAGCAGCAUAUUAGGCCACAUGUAGAUUCUAUAUUUCAGGCUAUCAGAGAUUUUUCAUCGGUUGUUAAGUUACAAAUAACGAUAAUAAGUGUUAUUGAGGCAAUAUCAAAGGCUUUGGAAGGUGAGUUUAAAAGACUAAUUCCUCUUACUCUGACACUUUUCCUAGUUACUUUAGAGAAUGAUAAAUCUGCUGACAGGAUUCUUUCAAGAAGAAUAUUGAGGCUAUUAGAGACAUUUGGUCCUAAUUUAGAGGGUUAUUCGCAUUUGAUUGUCCCGAAGAUAGUGCAAAUGGCUGAAUUUACUAGUGGUAACUUACAGAGGUCUGCGAUUAUGACAAUCGGAAAGCUGGCAAAGGAUAUCGAUCUCUUCGAAAUGUCAUCAAGAAUUGUUCAUGCUUUAGUCAGGAUACUAAGUGGUACAACAAGCGAUGAACUCUCAAAAGUUAUUAUGAAUACUUUGAGUUUAUUACUUUUACAAAUGGGUACAUCAUUUGCUAUCUUCAUUCCUGUCAUCAAUGAAAUUUUAAUGAGGAAACGUAUCCAGCACACGAUAUACGAUGAUUUGACGAACAGGAUACUGAAUAACGAUGCUCUUCCCACUAAAAUUUUGGAAGCAAAUACUACAGAAAAUCCAUCCACGGAUCCAGUGGAUGCGGCGGAUGCAGGUGUUGCAAAGUUGCCCAUAAAUCAAUCAGUUUUGAAGAGCGCUUGGAAUUCCAGCCAACAAAGAACUAAAGAGGACUGGCAAGAAUGGAGUAAGCGAUUAUCUAUUCAAUUGCUUAAAGAAUCCCCUUCCCACGCACUGAGAGCUUGUUCGAAUCUCGCUAGUAUGUACUAUCCGUUAGCUAGAGAACUCUUCAAUACUGCUUUCGCAAGUAUUUGGACGGAGCUUUAUAGCCAGUAUCAAGAAGAUUUGAUCGAGUCGCUAUGCAUAGCCUUGUCUUCUCCUCAAAAUCCGCCGGAAAUACAUCAAACGUUAUUAAAUUUGGUCGAAUUCAUGGAGCAUGAUGAUAAAGCAUUGCCUAUCCCAACUCAAAAUUUGGGUGAAUAUGCUGAGAGAUGCCACGCAUAUGCUAAGGCAUUACAUUACAAAGAAAUUAAAUUUAUCAAAGAGCCUGAAAACUCCACAAUUGAAUCACUUAUCAGUAUCAAUAAUCAAUUGAACCAAACGGACGCUGCAAUUGGUAUUUUAAAGCACGCCCAGCAACACCAUUCGUUGCAAUUAAAGGAAACAUGGUUCGAAAAACUAGAAAGGUGGGAAGAUGCACUACACGCUUAUAAUGAACGUGAGAAGGCAGGAGAUACAUCUGUAGGUGUUACUCUUGGUAAGAUGAGAUCUCUUCAUGCCCUAGGUGAAUGGGAGCAAUUAUCUCAACUAGCGUCUAGAAAAUGGAGAAUAUCUAAAUUACCGACGAAGAAAUUAAUUGCUCCUUUGGCAGCCGGUGCAGCAUGGGGUUUAGGCGAAUGGGAUAUGCUUGAGCAAUAUAUUAGUGUAAUGAAACCAAAUUCCCCAGAUAAGGAAUUCUUUGAUGCAAUAUUAUAUUUGCACAAAAACGAUUACGAGGAUGCUGGUAAACAUAUACUAAAUGCCAGAGAUUUGCUGGUAACUGAAAUAUCCGCACUAAUUAACGAAAGUUACAAUAGAGCUUAUAGUGUAAUUGUUAGAACACAAAUAAUCACAGAGUUUGAAGAAAUAAUUAAAUAUAAGCAACUGGCGCCUAACUCGGAGAAAAAACUUCAUUAUCAAAACCUUUGGACGAAAAGGUUGCUGGGUUGCCAAAAGAACGUUGAUUUAUGGCAAAGAGUACUCAGAGUGAGAUCAUUAGUGAUUAAACCAAAACAAGAUUUACAAAUAUGGAUCAAGUUUGCUAAUCUGUGUAGAAAAUCCGGUAGAAUGAGACUGGCUCAAAAGGCACUGAAUAUGCUUCUUGAAGGAGGCGGUGAUCCUAGUUUACCAAACACCGCUAAGGCUCCUCCACCUGUCGUCUAUGCACAAUUGAAAUACAUCUGGGCUACAGGGGCACAUAAAGAAGCGUUGAAUCAUCUGAUAGGAUUUACAUCUAGAUUAGCACAUGAUCUCGGUUUGGAUCCGAAUAACAUGAUUGCGCAAAGUGUCAAACUAUCAAGUGCAAGCACUGCCCCGUAUGUGGAAGAAUAUACAAAAUUGUUAGCUCGAUGUUUUUUGAAACAGGGUGAAUGGAGGAUAGCAACUCAACCAAACUGGAGAAAUACAAAUCCUGAUGCCAUUCUUGGGUCAUACCUGUUAGCGACACAUUUCGAUAAAAACUGGUACAAGGCAUGGCAUAAUUGGGCUUUAGCUAACUUUGAGGUGAUAUCGAUGGUACAGGAAGAAACCAAAUUAAACGGAAAUAAGAAUGAUGACGAUGAUGACACAGCGAUCAACAACGAUCAUAUUCGAGCUGAAAGCAGCAUUCUAGGAAGCGGUUCAUUGACUAUAAAUGGAAACAGAUACCCAUUAGAGUUGAUUCAAAGACACGUUGUUCCAGCAAUUAAGGGUUUCUUUCAUUCAAUAUCUUUAUUAGAGUCCAGUUGCUUACAGGACACACUAAGGUUAUUAACUCUUCUGUUCAACUUUGGUGGUAUUAAAGAAGCUUCGCAAGCCAUGUAUGAAGGCUUCAAUCUGAUGAAAAUUGGAAACUGGUUAGAAGUGUUGCCACAGCUAAUUUCCCGUAUUCACCAGCCAGAUCCCACAGUGAGCAACUCCCUUUUAUCUCUGCUUUCUGAUUUAGGUAAAGCUCAUCCACAAGCACUUGUGUAUCCUCUAACCGUGGCAAUUAAGUCUGAAUCUGUUUCAAGACAAAAAGCAGCUCUCUCAAUAAUAGAGAAAAUUAGAAUUCACAGUCCAGUCCUGGUGAACCAAGCUGAGUUAGUCAGUCACGAAUUAAUCAGAGUAGCCGUUCUGUUCCACGAACUAUGGUAUGAGGGGUUAGAGGAUGCAAGUCGACAAUUUUUUGUAGAGCAUAACAUAGAAAAGAUGUUCGCUACUUUGGAGCCUUUGCAUAAGCACUUAAGUAAUGAGCCUGAGACGUUAAGCGAGGUUUCAUUUCAAAAAUCGUUUGGAAGAGACUUGAACGACGCUCAUGAAUGGCUGAAUAACUACAAAAAAUCAAAAGACGUUAAUAAUCUAAACCAAGCUUGGGACAUCUAUUAUAAUGUCUUUAGAAAAAUAACUCGCCAAAUACCGCAAUUACAGACUUUAGAGUUACAAUACGUUUCACCACAGCUUUUGGCUGCUCGUGACCUGGACCUAGUAGUCCCUGGUACAUAUUCCCCAGGAAAACCCACUGUUAAAAUUGCAAAGUUUGAACCGCUAUUUUCUGUGAUUUCUUCAAAGCAAAGGCCUAGAAAGUUCUCUAUAAAAGGUAGCGAUGGUAAAGAUUAUAAGUUCGUUCUGAAAGGUCAUGAAGAUAUUAGACAAGACAGUCUUGUUAUGCAACUGUUUGGUUUGGUUAACACUUUGUUGAAGAAUGACUCAGAGUGUUUCAAGAGACAUUUGGAUAUACAACAAUACCCAGCUAUUCCUUUGUCACCUAAAUCUGGUUUACUGGGAUGGGUUCCGAAUAGUGACACGUUCCAUGUUUUGAUCAGAGAACACCGUGAUGCCAAGAAAAUUCCGUUGAACAUUGAGCAUUGGGUAAUGCUACAAAUGGCCCCUGACUAUGAAAAUUUAACUCUUUUGCAAAAAAUUGAAGUAUUCACGUACGCUCUCGAUAAUACAAAGGGCCAGGAUCUCUACAAAAUACUAUGGCUAAAGAGCAGAUCGUCAGAAACGUGGUUAGAACGCAGAACUACAUAUACGAGAUCUUUAGCUGUCAUGUCCAUGACUGGUUAUAUUUUGGGGCUGGGUGAUCGUCAUCCUAGUAAUUUGAUGUUAGAUAGAAUUACCGGGAAAGUUAUCCACAUUGAUUUUGGUGAUUGUUUCGAAGCUGCUAUUUUAAGAGAAAAAUACCCUGAAAAGGUUCCAUUUAGAUUAACGAGGAUGCUGACAUACGCAAUGGAAGUUAGUGGAAUUGAAGGUAGUUUCCGUAUUACAUGUGAACAUGUCAUGAGAGUCUUAAGAGAUAAUAAGGAAUCGUUGAUGGCAAUCUUAGAAGCAUUUGCAUUUGAUCCAUUGAUCCAUUGGGGAUUCGACUUGCCUCCGCAAAAACUUACUGAACAAACUGGAAUCCAAUUACCAUUAAUAAAUCCUAGUGAACUAUUAAGAAAAGGGGCAAUAACUAUUGAGGAAGCAGCGAACAUGGAAGCAGAACAGCAAAACGAGACUAGAAAUGCUAGGGCAAUGCUUGUUUUAAGACGUAUUACGGACAAAUUAACAGGUAACGAUAUCAAGAGGUUUAGCGAGUUAGACGUUCCUGAACAGGUCGAUAAAUUAAUCCAACAAGCCACUUCUAUUGAAAGGCUGUGCCAGCAUUAUGUUGGAUGGUGUCCAUUUUGGUGA